GUCGCAUGACGAUCACUGAGAUCCAAUUGUCAUGAUUUUCCUGAUUAAUGAUCCUGGAGCUUUUUUUGGGGAAUGCCAAUAUAGGUAUAGUAUAUAUUUAUAAUAUGCAUGAAGUUUUAUACUAAGUAAUGCAGAAGCUAAUUUUGGAUUUGAUAAUUAUGGGCUUCAUUUUCACAAUCCCUAGGAGUAGGACUUGCGGCCGGCGAUCGCGUCAAUUCUAUCGUUUUUUUACAAAGGCAGCAGAACACUGACGUCAAGCUAGUAGACAGGCAAGUGGUAGCGAAAUUUUAAGGUUGUAGUAAUAGAAGAGUUUCCGAGUGACAGGUCGACGUGUUGAUUUCAUCCUGUUUUUGAUCGUUUUAAUUCUGUUUAUCGGAAAUAAGUUUCCGUACGACUACGACAACCACAGCCUCUCCUAUUUCUUCGUCGUCCAUCAACUCCAAGAUUUUUUUGGCCUUGGAAGAAGAAUUUUUGUCUGAAGAUCAACAAACAUCAAAAUUUAUCUCACGAAGUACUAAAAUAAAAUGGCGGGACAGGCUGAUAAGAAGAGGGCGAAGAAUGCCGCCACUAGCAUUGUGUAUUACCAAGGUGGCCUUGCUGUUUGCAACGCGAUAUAUCUCUUAGCGCAGCUCUGGUUCGCGCCAUCAGGUGUGAUAGGCUAUUUCAUAACGGACUUCGGGUUCUACGCGCUCCUCGAAGUGCUCUUCUUUUCCGGCGUUUCGUACUUCACAUAUAACCAGAUAGAUCAGGGGCUCCAGCUGGGGAUGGAUAUCAGCGUGCCGCAGGACAUAUUCUUCGUGAAUCUCUUCGUGCAAGUCGCGGCAUCGACAAUAUCAACCUAUUUCUGGUACAUCUAUCUCGUCGUUCCCGGCUACGCAAUAUACAAGCUCUACGGAUUGCUCAGGCAGUGGGUACUAACUUUUAUUACCUACACAUACUUCUUUCUGAGUUCUUCUUCUUUUGACUGGUGGAUGGUGAUGGUUGAUUUCUCGGAAGUAGAGGACAAACUACUUGGAGAUCCUCUUCUGCUAACGCCAAGCAUAAUGACAAAUUUUCCCGGAUAUAAGUAAUUCUUUACCAAUUCCUGUCCAUAUUCAACUCAAUCUAUGCAUCUAUCCGUCUAUUUCACUUUCUCAUAUCAGUGCUGCGCAAGAAGAGAGGGCGACGAGGAUCCGAACGGCGGUAAAUCAAAAACUCAGUUAAAGAAGGAAGCGCGCGCGAGCAAACCGCAGUAUAAAGUCAUGAGAGGAUGAGCUCCCUUAUAGGUGACUCGACCACUGCAUUUCCUAAUUCAUCUUCUUUGUAUAUCCUCCUGUUUUCUUCAUGUUGCCCCGUUCCCCGUAGUGACCCACAAAAGAGAAAGCUUAUCCGCUCAAACUAGUACUAGACCUUGCUCAUCCUGUUUUUAUGGCUUGGUCCGUGGUGAACCACACCGGAUGGAGAGCUUCUUGUGCAUCGCAGUCGCUCAGAAGAACAGAUUAAGUGUGACUGUUGAAGCGAGGACGAGGAGCAGGACGAUUCUCAUCAAGAUGGCAUCGAUUGUGG